CACAUACGGAACGCGAGUUGGAAAGUGAUAAAAUAAAUUAUAAAAGAAAAUGUUAAGAAUUUUUUUACUUUUAGCCUUGUUGGCUGUAACUGUAACUGGCUUAAAUUUACCAGGUGUUCCAAUUGAAUUUACCGGAGAUGAUGAGGUCAUUUCAGCUAUUUCAGAUGACAUUGCCAAAAAAUUCGCCCAAGAAUAUAUUAAAUACACAAAAACUGGCCAUGAAUCGGUCAGCCUAAAGCAACUCUCCACACAACUGGCCAAAUCACACAGCCAAAAGGAUAUUUUCACCACCAGCAUAGCGGAAUUGGGAGCCAUUGAUAAGUUUUUCAUGUGCACCACCUGUCGUGCGGUAAUAAAUGUUAUGGCUGAAACUUUUCGAGCCGAAGAUGGUGAAUUGAAUGGCCCCAAUGCCGAAGCCAAUACCAAGAAAAUGGUUUUGGAGUUGUGUAAUCGUUUUAAAAUUCAAACGCCAGAAGUGUGCAGUGGUUUGGUGGACUUAAAUUUGCCAAUUAUACACUAUAUUAUAAUGAAUACUGUGGCUGAUGCUCGUUCAUUGUGUGGCACAUUGCCCAUUAGUUUCUGUACAGUUAAACAAAGCAAUUUUGAGUGGAGUGUUAAGGUGGAUAGUGCUAAAGAAAACUUAACGGAAGCUAAAGCUGAAGUGCCCAAGAAAACUAGUAAUGAUUUAACAGUGGUUCAUCUAACGGACAUACAUUUUGAUCCUGAAUAUCAGCCAGGUUCUUUGGCAGAAUGUGAGGAACCCAUGUGCUGCCGUCACACCCCAGCCAGUGGAAUUUCUGAUGAAUCGAAGGCCGGUUACUGGAGUGAUUAUCGUAGUUGUGAUUCGCCUUUACAUAUGGUGGAAAAUGCUUUUGAUCAUGUCAAGGCAACACAUAAAAAGAUCGAUUACAUCUAUCAAACUGGUGAUAUUGUGCCACACAAUGUUUGGUCCACUACAAAGGAGGGUAAUAAAGCCACAUUAACUCAAAUUAAUGAUUUGAUAGCGGACAAAUUCGCCGGUAUUCCAGUUUUCCCCUGUGUUGGUAAUCAUGAACCUCAUCCUACUAAUGUAUUCGGCCACGAAGAUGUACCUGCUGAACUAAAUGUCAACUGGUUGUAUGAACAUUUGUGGACCAACUGGCAACGUUGGUUACCCGCCGAAGCUAAGGCAACCGUCUUGAAAGGUGGUUAUUACACAGUCUCUCCCAAACCCGGCUUCCGUGUAAUUUCUCUGAACAACAAUGAUUGUUACAUUUACAAUUGGUGGAUCUAUUUCGAUGGCAGUGCCACUAGUCAACCUCAAUUAGACUGGCUGCAAGAAACUCUAUUGGCUGCCGAAAAGGCUGGUGAAUAUGUGCAUAUUUUGGCUCAUAUUCCUUCGGGAGAUGCUGAUUGCUGGACUGUGUGGGCUCGUGAAUAUAAUCGUAUUAUUGAGCGCUACAGUCAUAUUAUUGGUGGCAUCUUUGGUGGUCAUACACACAAGGAUGAAAUGAAUUUGCACUACUCACAAAAUGGUCAUGCCAUGGCUAUUUACUGGAAUGGUGGCAGUUUGACUUCUUACUCCUAUAAGAAUCCUAAUUAUAGGACCUAUGAAGUGGAACCAGCCACAUAUCAAGUUGUUGAUCAUCAUACUUGGAUCUUUAAUUUAACUGAAGCCAAUGAACAUGGUGAUCAUCGCAGUCCUCAAUGGGUUAAAGAGUAUCAAUUCACUGACUUUACCAAUGAUUUAAGUCCAGCUGGUAUUGAUGCUUUAUUUGAAAAAAUGUCUGAAGAACCUGCCCUAUUGCGCCAGUUCUGGAAAUAUAAAAUGACUUCUGCCGAUCCCAAAUUGGCCGCUGGUUGUAAUGAACGUUGCCUGUCCAGCACUUUGUGCAAUUUGGUUAAAACUGUUUAUGACGACAAUGCUCGUUGCAAAGUUCUAAAAGCCAAAUUGAAAGAAUCGUUGGCCAAUGAGGUGACUACUAUUGCACCCACUGACAAACCAGAUGAUGAAGAUGAUGGUGCUGCUACUUUGACAGCUUCUAUUACCUCUAUUGUAGCUUUAUUGUAUAUGAUUAGUCAUUUAUUUUAA